AUGUCGCGGUCUGUGUUCCUCCUUGGCCCUGGCUUCAUCGGAGGCGAGAUCGUCGAUCUGCUUCUCACAUCCAAAUACAAUGUUACCACUCUGGUCCGGCGGGAAUCAGCCGUGCCGGAAUUCGCCCAGUUAGGCGUGAAGACAGUCGUGGGAACACUGGAUGAUGCAUCGCUGAUCAAGGAUCAAGUGUCCAUUAGCGACAUUGUAUUCCAUACCGCAACUGCAGACCACUUGCCAUCUGUUGAAGCCAUCCUCGAGGGCGUGAAACAACGAACCAAGAUGGGGUUGCAAACCAUCUACAUCCAUAAUAGCGGAGCAAGUCUGAUCGCUGACACGUCUGGGGGAGAAUAUGAGAGCAAUACAGUAUUUGACGAUGAAAACCCCUCCCGGAUCGAUUCUCUGCCGGACUCUGCGCCCCAUCGUAUGAUUGAUCUCGCCAUCGUUCGCGCCCGCCGAGAGCUCGCCGCCCACGCCAAAAUGGCCAUCAUGAUCCCACCUGUCAUCUACGGCGUACCCACUCGGCAAAGUCGUCUCUCGAUCCAGCUUCCCACCCUUGUCCGGUAUUCAAUCAAACAUGGAUACGCAGGCCAGAUCGGCAAAGGCCUUUCGGUUUGGAACUACAUUCACGUGAAAGACCUGGCACGAGGUUACAUGGUUUUGCUCCACUGGAUGGAGGGUGCACCCCUCGAGGAUGUCUUGGAAAAUCCAUACUUCUUCUGUGAGAACGGAGAACAUCUUUCCUGGGGCAAGUGCGCUGCCGAGAUCGGUCGGGUUCUGAAAGGAGCAGGAAAGAUUGGCCAAUGCUCACCAAAAUCCAUCCCUGAAGAAAACUACGGCGAUCUCUUUGGAGGAUUCUCUGAGAUUGUGGUUGGCUCAAAUGCGAAGAAUAGAGCUACCCGACUCCGGAAGUUGGGAUGGGCACCUCUGGAGAAGGACGCUCUUGCGUCUUUGGUGGAAGAUGAGAUUCCGAUCAUCCUUGGAGAAACAGGAGAGUUCAAUGGCUAUGCUAGUGUUGUUGCGUCGUGA